AUGUUUAAAAUCCCUUUGUUGGACGAAAUUGUUAGAUCAUUCCAAAGUUUGGGCGAUGCUAUUAUGGGCGAUACGGAUGCAGCGGCUCAGAGAUGGAAGAACUGGACAAACGACAGUUUCCUUGCAACUGGAGGGAAAAUGGUUGGGUUAACGGUUGCAUCAGGAGCCACUGCCUUGGUUGGUAGGACAGAUAUAGCGGUUGCUUUAAUCAAAAAAGCUGGAGACAAUGGAGAAAAGUUUGGAGCCACCGUGUUGAGUGCAGUUUCACAGGUCGGUGGAAUAGUGGCACAGGCCUUUACCCUAGGGAUAUCCAAUCCAGUAUCCGGGGCUUUAAAUGGCGUAGCUUCUGGUGUUAACACAGUAGUUGAUAAAGAUGCACAAGGUGAAAUAAAUGGCAUCUCAUGGAAAACGCUCGGUAUGGAAAUAGGUGUUGGUGCCACUAAAGGGGCCGCAAGCGCUGGUGGGAUUAUUCCGUACGCAGGAACGGCGGUUGAACAAAAGAUACGUGGAGAGAAAAUUGAAUUUGACCACAAACAGGAGUGGGCUUACUGGGGACUCAAUGUAUGUCUCUCACUGGUCACAGCUGGAACACUCAAA